AUGCUUACUGUUCGUACUGAACAUGACCGUAAAAUGUUUUACCAAUUGCAUAAUGAUGAAUAUCGUCUUAAUGCUGAUGGUUAUAAUUUAGAUGAUUAUAAAAGGAUAACCAUCGAAGCAUCUCCGGUUUAUGAGAUCGACAAUUCCAAAGGUCAUUACAAACGCCAAAAGAUAGAGGAUAAGGACGAAGAAAACCAGAAUGAUGAAGAUAGUGACUCGUGGGCUCCAUCAAGUCCAACACCACUUCAAUCACCACAGUUAUCAAAAAAAUCUUUAAUGGUUCAAACUUCUUAUCUAAGACCACACCUUAUACUUAAAAGUGGCGUGAAUGUAAAAAAUCUUCUGGGUGGCGUACCUCACAAUAAUUUCUAA